AUUCAUUGGACUGACAAGUCCUAUCUACGGUUACAUCACCCCACAUGCUGCAGGCCUCCAGUCUCCAGGGCAGACUCGAACCCGGUUCUAGAGAUGUGAGGCCACAGUGCUAACCACUGCACCUUGCCACCCCGUGGAAGGUACUGUAUGUGUUCCUCUUAAUGCUGGAAGGAAAGGCAUGGAUGUUGUAAUAUUUUGUUUUUAUUAAAUAAGAUUUAUUAAUGUCCAAGCUAGUUUAUAAGGCCAGAGCGUCAUAGAAGAGCAAAAUGGAAGAUUCAAAGACAUUUAAUUGCACUCACUAGCUGUACAAUGACAAAGGCAUUCUUCGCAUACAUGUAAAACAAGCAUAUUUAUGUGUAAUGUGUCUGCAGGUCGCUGCAUCACACAUUUAUCUUAUGCAAAGGUAUAAUCGUUGUCUUGGAGACAGAAAAGUACCCUGAAUUCUUAAGUACGUUUAAACUGAAAACUGCCAUUUAUGUGCAGUGCUAUUAUCCUGCACAUGCGUAUUAUUUCAGUCUAUUGUGGAGUGUGGACUGCACUCCCAACAUUCGCGCCGUUUUGUGACGUCACCCUCAAGACCAGUGUCGCUCUGAUUACAGUGGAACAAUUGGUCGCUGUAAGACUGUAAUCCAGCCAAUCCUAAAACGUAUUACUGGGACGUAACAGAUAAUAUUGACAAAGAUAGUGAAAUCAACGAAACACCCACGAUGGACAGCAGCUCCUCUCUCUACAUGUGCUUCCCCUGUUACCAACUGUUCAGCUCCCUGGAGGAGGUGCUCUCCCACCAGCUGACAUGCCAUCCUGAUGGCCCGGGGGAGGAGGCCCGGCCUGCAGCAGCCGCCCUUCUGUCGUCUGAGAUGCAGCCUGAGCAACCGGACCAGGCCAGUCCCACGGUAUCCAGCCCAGAUCAGAAGCUGCCCUCCUCCAGGCUGGCUGAGCAAGGCGGAACGGACCAAAUCCGGCAGAACUGGGCCAGGAGGCCGAGCAGCACCGUGUCCACACCCCUCAUCCGCUACCAGUGUGGCGACUGCGGCUCCCUCUUUGAGUCCCUGGGACAGUGGCAGCAGCACCGCAAGCUGAGACACUGCACAGAGCCCCCAGCAGGGCCUGGGGGGCAAGGGCUGGGGCAGGAACAGGGACAGGAGGGGCAGGUGGGGCAGGUGAAGCCAGAGCCCAGAGAACCGGCACCAAAGGCAGCUGAGACCCCCGGCAGGGAGGAAAGUAUGGACCUGAAACAUGAGACAGACCAUGCCAAAGACAGCUUCAUCAGCCAGGACCAUUCAUAUGUGCCCCACGCUGGAGAGAGGGCAGAAAGGGGGGCAGAGGAGGAGAGAGAGGGGGAGGGACAAGAUGGACUGGCAGAGGAGGAGAGAGAGGGGGAGGGACAAGGUGGACGAGCAGAGGAAGAGAGAGAGGGGGAGGGACAAGAUGGACGACCAGAGGAGGAGAGAGAGGGGGAGGGACAAGAUGGACGAGCAGAAGGGGCUGAAGCCAGGUCUUCUGUUACUGGUGAGAAGGUCCUGGAGCAAGGUGUGGAGACUGUGCCAGUCCCUGGAGAAGCAGCAGGAGGAGAAGGAGGUGAGCCCUCCUGCAGUUCAGGCAGAGGACCCACACACUUCCAGAAGGGCUGCAUUGCUGUAGAAGAGCGAAAGCGAAAGAGCAGCGAGCUCCCACAGCCACCCACGGCCAUGCCCGCUGUACCAGGGCAGAGCUUUCUGUGCAUGGGCUGUGGGUCCGGCUUCAGCUCAGAGCCUGCCCUGAUAGCGCACCGAAAGACACGCCAUGGCCUGGAGGGGGCGCUGCACUGCUGCGCGGUUUGCGGGGAGAGCUUCAUGAGCACCACCUUGUUCCUGUAUCACCGGCGACAGCACCGAGAGCAAAGGGCAUCCAGCAGCCCAGCGGGGGCCCUGUCUGCUUCCUCCUCAGCUGAUGUGAGGAAUAGGAGCGGCUCAGAGCUCAGCGUGUGCUCCAAGAGGGCGCAAGCAACAGAGGACAGUGCAGGAGUGCUUCCUUGCCAGCAGGGGGUGGGCGACUGCCCUCCCGCAGGGUCAUCUCCACCACAAUCCAUGGCCGCCUCCCCCCCGUGUCUCGCAGACAGCCCCACCCCCCCGCCGAGUGAGACUGCCCCACUCAUGUGCCCCACCUGUGGACGUGGCUUCGGUCGGCACUGCCACCUCCGUGCCCACCUGCUGAGCCACACCGGCGAGAAGCGAUUCAGCUGCGACUCCUGUCCCCGGGCAUUCUCCUAUAGCAGCAACCUGGCGCGCCAUCGCCGUGCUCACCAGGCCGCCCCCCACGCCAGUGGGCAGGGGCCAGGCUCUCGAGGAAAUGGGGCGGGGCUCCCGCUGCCCCACCCCUGCAUGGACUGCCCCUCUCGUUUCAAGACACGCGCCCAGCUGUUGUUACACAGACGCACACACGCCGGGGGGCUCCCAUUCUCCUGCAAGGCUUGUGGACUCUCCUUUCUGCGCAGGAAACAGCUGCAGCUGCACUUGCUCACACACCCAGCAGGAGUCCUGUCAUGUCCCCGCUGCACGGCCCAGUUCCCCGCUCAGUCUGAGCUGGUCGAUCAUAUGCAGAGCUGCGACCAGGGUGGGGCUCUGGGGCGACCUCGGGGCCGGAACGGGGGCCAGCUGGAGUGUGAGAUGUGCGGGCACCGCUGUGUGACCCCAGAGGGGCUGGACCUGCACCGUCUGUCGCACUCGGGCCAGACACCCCUGCGCUGCCCCUUCCCCGCCUGCCGCCGGCGCUUUCUCACCAGCGCCGGCCUGGAGGAGCACGUCCUCACCCACUGCGAGUCCCCCUCAGACCCCAACUCUUCCAAGCCACGCCCCUUCCACUGCGAGCACUGCGGGAAGGACUUCACCACGGCGUCCUCUCUGAGCGUGCAUCUGAGGAUCCACACGGGGGAGAGACCUUACCAGUGCUCCCAGUGCGGGAAGCGCUUCCGGCAGAUCCCCCACCUCCGCGACCAUGAGCGGCUGCACAGUGGGGCACGUCCUUUCAGCUGCGCCGUGUGUGGGAAGAGCUUUGUGCUGGCAGCGCGUCUGGUGGAACACGCCCGCACGCACAGCGGCGAGAAGCCCUACACCUGCCCGCUGUGCCCGCGUGCCUUCCGCUCCCUCUCCAACCUGGGCAAGCACCGCAAGACCCAUGGCAGAAGCCCAGUGCCCCAGGAAGAAGGCCAGGCGGCCGUACACACCAUCCUGCUGGUGCAGGCCGCGCCGUCGGGCCCGGAGGGUUCCGAACAGCUCUGUCUCACACAGGCAGACCCUCCCGUCGGCUCUACCUCGUCUCCCCCACUGCUGCUCCUGGCGCCCUCCAUCCAGGGGAGCAAAGACAUGGAAGGAGACGUGAUCCCCAUCAUCCAGCACGCCAUCGAGGUUAUCGUGGAGGAGACUGUGUAGUGCGGAGCCAGCGACGGGACGUGCAGUGAAGGGGCUAUACACAGCAUGGCCGGAAUAAGUGUGAUUACAGAUAGUGGGAGUGUAUGCAGAGUGGCAGGCCGCUGCAUAUGCUUUUAAAUGACUGUAAAGAAGCAAAAGCGAUUCACGGCUUUGGAGCUCACAGGCUGUAAAUCUGUCCUAUUUAUUUUAAUAAAAAGCUUAAUCCUUUGAUGCAGUCCGUCUUCCACUUGGACGGAAAGUGGCACGAUGGACAGUGUCUUUUUGUUUUAAUUACAAAAGUGGCACCUCAGAUCUUUUUGGCUUUGACUAUUACAUCAUCACGAUUGCAAUUAAAAUAAUAAUAAAGAAA